GCAAGUCGUCCUCACACCAUCUCAUCACCCAUCUGCACCAAACCCCCCCGUCAUGUACUUUUCAACAGCUCUCUUAGCUCUUCCCCUGCUGGCGUCUGCCGUACCUUCCUUCAAGAGAGAUCGAGAGCAGUUGACCUUUCUCCCACAUGUCGACCCGGCGACAGAUCAUGGGCUUCAAUUGGAUCUGAGUGAACUGCGCCUGGUGCAAUUCGCAGAGGAUGAACCACCCGUGUGGAUAAGCGAGCUGGAGAAAAUACAAGCCAAAGCGGACGGGAAGAGGUUUAUGGACAUCACUGAUACCCCCACUUUGGGAUUCUCAGGAUAUUUACUGCCAUCAUCUGCCAGUGUCAAGUACACAUACCCAACGCCAGGUAAUUAUAGCGAGGAGAUCAAGAGAAUACACAAGUCUUUGGAUAUAAAACAUAUGAAGAAGUUCCUUUCGAAAUUCACCAGCUUUAGAACGAGAUACUAUCGAUCGGAGACUGGGAAACAGAGCCAAAAGUUCCUGCUGUCCACUAUAACAGAGAUCGCUUCCUCCCACCCCAACAUCACUAUCAAAGAAUUCCCCCACCCUUGGGGACAGAACUCGAUCAUUGUCCGAUUCGCCCCCGCUACCCCUGAGGCGGAUUCAGCUCCGGUAACUAUCAUUGGCGCCCAUCAGGAUUCCACCAACCAAUGGCCUUUCCUCCCAGCACCUGGAGCUGACGAUGAUGGCUCUGGUACCACCUCAUCUCUUGAGGGCUUCUCCGCUUUGAUCAAGGCCAACUUCACGCCCUCUACUCCUGUCGAGUUUCAUUACUAUUCGGCGGAAGAAGGGGGCUUGCUCGGCUCACAGGCUAUCGCUAAGGCUUACGAAGACGCGGGUAGGAAAGUUCUGGCCAUGUUGCAAAUGGACAUGACUGCUUGGAUCAAGGUCGGAACUAAGGAAAGUGUGGGGAUUAUCCAGGAUUACGUCGAUCCUGGUCUCACUGAGUUUGUGGAGGAAUUGGUAGAUCUGUACCUCGACAUCCCUGCAGUCAAGACGAAAUGUGGUUACGCAUGCUCUGAUCAUGCGUCGUUCGGUAAAGCGGGCUAUCCAUCGGCCUUCGCGAUUGAGAGUACCUUUGAGAACUCGAACCAUAAUAUCCACACUAGCCAGGACACGACGGAUCAUCCAGAAUUCUCAUUCAAACACAUGAAAGAGUUCUCCAAGCUAGUCGUGGCUUUUGCCGUCGAGCUCGGCGGUCUCGAGUGACCUCAUCAAUGUCGUGCAUUGUAACACUUGCAUUGUGAGCGUUGUAUUGAUUGCAGAUCAUCCUCCUGCUCAAUUGC